CUGUAUAGUUGUGUAAUAAAAACAUUUUAAAAAGUCUCUCUCUCUCUUUAGUCAUUAGUACCAAACUCACGAAAAGUCAAAGCGACGACAAACCACACCGAAGAGAAAAAAGAGAGAGAGAGUCUUUUUGGUGUUAUGGUGUUCAACAGUGCGGCGGUUGUGGCCGUCGCCGACGUCUCAACGGAGACGUGGCAGCUGAUGUGGAGGAUACCGUCGUCGCAGAGGAUCAACACAAGGCAGCUAGUGGACAUGGCGGUUUGCUACCCGAUGUAUCAGUUGAGUCGUUUGGUUCUCUGUUUAUGGACUUUUAUGUGUCUCCCUCCUGAUGAUUCCUUCUACUCCUACACCUACCACGAAUCUCAAUCCUCUUCUUCUUCUUCUUUAUCUGAUGAUGCUGAUGAUGAAGAUCGGCUUGCUUUUGAGCAUAAUCUCUAUCAUAAUCAUCGUGUUUAUGAUUCUGAUGAUGAUCGAUCUUCUUCUUCUUCGUAUGAUGACUAUUACAAUCAAUACUCUCAUUAUGAUUGACUUUUCUAAGCUGAUUGAUUAGGUGAUGAUGAUGAUGAUGCCUCUGUUUACUCAGAAAAGUUAUAAUCUUUUUGUUGUAUAUGAUUAAGUUUCUUGGUUGUUCAAAAUAUAAAAGACAGAUUAUACGAAGUCAAUAAAGUUUUCAGUUUUAUGUUGUCGUUC